AUGAGUACUUCUAUGCCUUUGGGUCCUCUCGAUAACAAUAAUAUCUAUCCUUUCGGACCUGGAACACUUCAAACAAUCGUCAUUGUGAUGGCACCGAGCAACGAGUUAUUUAUAGUUGGGAUGAGUCGGCCCUCCCAGCUCCAAAACUGCACCCUCAUCAACCAAACCUCCAACUCCAUCCAGGUGGACUGCACGGACGGCUUCGACGGCGGGCUGCCGCAGAGCUUCCUCAUGCAGGUGCUCGAGCUGCCCUCUCUGAGGCCCCGCCUCAACCUGACCUCGUACCGGUCGCCGCCCACCUUCACGGCCGUCGGGCUGGACGGCGGCGCCUCCUACCGGCUGGCGCUCUACGCGGUCAACGCCAAGGGCAUGAGCGACCCCACCCUCAUCGAUCCGGUCACGUUCAAGGGCGUGGCCAAGCUUCAAGGCACGACGGCCGCCAUGCCGGUCAGCCCCCUCCUGAUGGCCCUUCUUGCCACCGCCGCCCUCCUCGCAACCGGCGUCUGCCUUGUGCUGGCCGCCCUUUGCCGCCGUCAUCACUGCCGCCCCCAGGGCCGCCCCUGCCCCCGCCCCGCCGACAACGGCACCAAGCACCUGCCCCUGGAGGCGGCGCUUGUGACGGCCGACGACGGCGCGGCUGACGGUUCGGUGACAGGUGUCGGGACGCCUCUGAGUCCCGCCGACUCGCAGAGGCGGCUGAUGGUCGUGGAAGCGAGGCUGCCGAGAGGGGCGGUCGAGGGAGGCGAUCCCGAUAUCAUCAGGAACCAGUAUGAGAGGCGUCCCAUACACGGUUUCAUGAAAAUGUACGAACCGCCUGGAGCUAGAGAAGAAGAUAAUCUCAUGGAAGAUGAAGGAGAGGAGUACGACUUCAGAAAUGUUGCCAAAGAAAGGACACAUGUGCCCUCCAAUCAUAAUAUCUAUAGAAGUCUACAAAGGCCUAGCAGGGCAACAGUGGGUAUACCCAGCAUGCCCAGUAUGCCUAGUUCGCAAACCCUUACACACAAAUACAGGGGGCCCGAAGUUGUUACCACGUCGAAUCGGAUACAGGAGAGUUGCAUAUAA